UUUUAAUCUAUGUUCGCACACAUGUUUACCAUGUGGUGGAAUAUGGCGAUGUGCUUAAAUUUGACGUUACCGGGUCGAUGCGGAUAUACGUCUAUUUGAGAAUACGAAAAGACACAAAUUGUCACAACCCAUUUUUUCCCAUCGGAUAUAUAAUUCUAGCAUUUACCCUCAAAUAUCUCAUCAAUAAUUUCAAUUGCGAGAAAUUGAAACGAAAAUAAUGUUUAGCACAGGAAGGAAUUGUUUCAAACAAAUCGUGAGAAGCGCUAAAAGUUUACAUGUACAAAAAUCCAAGGCCCAAAAGAUUAAACACAAAACUUUACCAAUUUUUCAAUAUCCAAUAAGUCAAGAAGGUGAACACAGGGUAUAUGUAUGGGGUCUUGCUCACCAUGGUGCUCUUGGAGAUGCAUCAAUUUUGAGUGAAAAGAAAAUUUCACAUACCAAAAGACCAAAGAGACUGACCUUUGCUGAGAAGAAUAAAGUAGUGGAUAUUGCUUGUGGAUAUGGUUUCACAGUUUAUGCUGUGCAUUCCUCGGACAAAAAUAUUAUUUAUGGUACUGGUAUAAAUACAGAUUCCCAACUUGGUUUCAGUACAACGAAUAACAAAUUUCCUAACAACUUGGUAUUUCUCCCAAGACCAAUAAAUCUACCGCUCCAAGAUGAUAAGACAAAAGUUCUAGGCAUGGCUGCAGGAAGAGCACAUUUGUUAAUACUGACCACAGAAGGCUUGUUCACCUUGGGUAAUAAUUCAUAUGGCCAAUGCGGUAGACCAAUUAUAAUGAGUGAAAAUUAUGAGAAAAGUCUGACUAUCCAUCAUAUACCUAAUAUUAAUGGACGAAAGAUUACUGCAGUGACAGCUGGUCAAGAUCAUAGCAUGCUCUUGACAGAGACAGGUGAGGUAUAUACAUUUGGUUGGGGUGCAGAUGGACAAACAGGCCUAGCACAUUAUCGAAAUGAAUAUCAACCAAGUUUAGUUAAAGGUGACUUGGCAGGACAGCGCAUAAUAAAAGUUGCCUGUGUUGCUGACUGUGUAUUAGCUCUCAGUGACAAAGGAAAAGUAUUUGGAUGGGGUAAUUCAGAAUAUGGACAGUUAUCAACUAAAGACAUCAAUCACCAAAUAAAUAUUGCCACAGAAUUAGAUAUGUUUCAAGAUUUAGGACAUAUCGUAGAUAUUGCAGCAGGUGGAUGUUUCUGCAUGGUCUUAAAUGAUGCUGGUAAUGUCUAUGUUUGGGGAUAUGGUAUACUAGGCUUUGGACCUGAAGUAGAAAAAAUAUCAAAACCAAAACAGAUUCCAUCCACAUUAUUCGGCAAAAAUAUAUAUAAUCGUGAUGUUAAGGUAACAAACAUAAAUUGUGGGAUUAAUCAAUUGGCAGCAUUAACCAACUCAGGAGAUUUAUUUAUGUGGGGAGUUAAUAAGUUUGGAUGUUUGGGAUUAGGACACAUAAAAGAUCAGUUUUUUCCAUUAAGGGUUUCAGUAGGAGCUCAAGUGAAGAAGGUUGCCUGUGGGAUAGAUCAUACAGUGGCUCUGUGUAAACCUUUUAUUUAAAACAUCUUUUGCUUACAACACUUUACAUAUAUAUAUAUAUA